AUGCCCAAGCUGCCCUUGUCUCUGAUUUAUCUGAUUGUCAAGCUGCUGCUUAAUUCCCUGACGCCUCUGGAUCUCAUCGUCAAGGCGGCUCUUGAGUUGAUAUCUGUUCUGGAUCUCCGAAUCGAGCCUCUGCUUCGUGUUGUAGUCGCAACUUGCGCCGCCGCCGUCGCCGUAGCCGCCCCCAUUGCCUCUGGAUUCAAUGACGGGUACUUUGUUGACGACCUCAAGAUCAUUCUCUGGAGCAUCGAAACUUUCGAUUGGUGUUGCAACAAUGCUUGA